CUUUUUCUGCUACUCCUAAGGAAAGUUCCAUAAGAGCAUCUCGUUCGGUAAUCUGCCGGCUCUACCACUUCAUCUCUAUACUAUUGUACCUCUAUGUCUAUGACCCCAAGCGCUCUCAAUCUCAUACUCCUCUCCCUCUUACCUUCACUGACAUCUGUCACGUCAAUUGGCGAAAUUACUUCACGUGAACCAUCGGAAGGAAAUUAUUAAAAAAGACGGCUAUUCAGUUCGUCAAAAUUCUAUUGCAAUGAGCGAUAACGAAAAGGAAGAGGCUGCCAAUUUGAAAGAGGAAUUCGAAUGGGUUCUUCGAGAGGAGGUUCACUCGAUCUUGCAUCAACUACACUCGGUUUUAGUCGGUUGCGCUCACAGAUUUCCGGUCCCUCUGUAUGGGAAUGAGGGUCAGAAACAAGACAAAUUUAUAUUGACCUCGCAGCCUGAACAGCUGAAAUGCAUUGUAACGCUAACUGGCGACAGCAUAACUCAUGCAUCUUGUUUCUCCCAACAGGACAUAAGUUUCAAAGUGCUCCGGCAAAUGCACACUAUAUGCCGCACAUCCAUCAACCAGGAUGGGCCAUGGAAGCUUCAGCAGAUCCAGGAUGCAGCCAACCACUUGCAGCAGGCCAUCGGCUACAUUGACAAUGUAGACAAACAUUAUAUAUUCAGGUCAUCAGAUGAAGUACUACAUAUAAUACAAUGUCUGAUUGGUUCCCUUCAAAGGGCGCGCACAGCACUAGUCCUGCCAAAAAAGAAAGCCAUUGAUGAACUAAUGAAAAGUCGAAAUAUGAAAGCGCUAUCACCAAACCUACCCGAAGACCUCGCAAUAUCUUUUUACAUCCAGUCGCACAAGUUGAUAUUCGUGGCCUACCAGCUCAGCUCGGUCCACGGCACCAUGCGUAUCGACUCGUGCCAGGCGGACUGCGCCGUUCCGUGGCUAAGUGACGUCCUGUUCAUGCUGACGGCCGCACUACACAUGUGUCAGCAGCUUAAGGAUAAGGUGAGGAGGGAUUGCAGUCCCAUUUGCACGGAUUGGCCUGAUCUUGGAAGCUUUGUUUGUGCUACUAUUGAUUAUGAUGACUAACCUUUUAAACAUAAUGUUGAAAAAUAAUUCGCGAUUUCUAACUAUAUAACUGUUGUAAGUCAAACAAGAUAAUUGCGUCCAUGGUGGAAAUGUAACUUUCUCUUGAAUUACAAAUGGAUAAAAUUUGUUUUAAUUUUACUGUGAAUGCAGUAACAUCGGGUGGUGUUAGCAUUUGCUCGCUGCUUGAAAUUAAAAAUACCGCAAUGGUUCAUAUAGACGCAAUAACCCUGGUUGACCUUAAUUUAAUUAUAUUUUAUAUUUAUAUGGUACACACACAAUUUUGUAGUUAUUAAUUUUAUUGUGUUAAUAAAAUAUAACCAAUUUUUUUAAAGAGAUUUGUGAUGUUUUGUUUUGUGAUGUUGUAUAUAACAUUAUACUAAACCGAGAUAGUCACAGAACCUAACCCUGCUUUAUUAAAUCCCUAAUACAUUUAUGUUAAUACAUAUUGUGCAUGCUUACUUACCUGGCGAUACACAUAAUAGAAAUUUUUUUUGACAGAAGAGCAUGACGAAAUUCGUACUUGAAUUCAUUUCUCCUAAAAUAGCUAGCGAAUAUUCAAACUCCAUUUGGUAGAUAGUACGAGUUUCGCCUCCCAAGAGUAAUAAAAUAAACAUUAAUAUCAACCACUUAAUUUCGCUACUUCAUAUUAUUGUUUUAGGUUCAGCCUAAAUAUGAACUCUUAUUCAAUUGUAACUAAGUCGAUUUUGCAGUCACAGAGUUCAGUAAAAUACAAGUUUGGUUUUGCAUUCGGUUUUUAUCUUGACGUGACCUAGCACACGCCUUGAUAACGUUGUACACGAUAAUAAUCGAAUAAUUUGCUAAACAUCGUUUUAUUAAUCGCUUGAUUAUUGAUAUCGAUUUAUCGAGUCAUUUCUUUGUGCAAAAACGGUUUACUCUACUUAAGUCUUCUACAUUCUUCAUGGUAAAAAAACUACGGCCAAAAAUUUUGCAUUUAAAUGCAUUCCUAAUUUUCCUUUACAAAAUUUUGUUUGGCUGUAUCUGUGCUUUUUAUUUAACCAAUCAUAUCACUGAUAGUGAUAAGGCACCUCUCUCAAAAUGUAUUUUUGGUCUAGAACCACCAACUCUUUGGAAGUUAAUACCUAUGGCGAAUAAAGUCAAGGAGUUUUACUGUUAUUCAUAAUUAUUCAUAUGCUUUCCGGGACCACAACAUUUAUUCAAUGUACCUACAGUUGGCGAUAAAAGAUUGUAUCCAUUUAUUUAUUUUUUACUUACUUAAUCUUUUUCGUUACAGCUGUGUGUGUUCUCGCAGUACAAAGACUUCACCGUGGGCUCCCGCUCCGCGUCCAUGGUGUUAAACUGAUUCCCUUCUCCUCGUGAUUCUCAAUAAUGUACGUAUGAUUAACGAAUGAGGUUGGCCGGUCGAAGCUUUUUACAGAUAGCUCCAGUAUAGGUUUCCCUGUCAAUAAUAUCAAAAUCUUGUUUUUCUUUUAUGCCACGGAUGGUUGCCCUUUAACCCUCAAUCUGCGGCCUGCCGGGCUCUUUAGGUGGCCUGCCAGGUCAUCCAGCGGCAGCAUGGCCCGUUACUUUCGCACUUACAUACUUGUUAUAGAACGUGACAGGCAUGGUGACAAAUGACAAGCCGCAGAGCCGACCAUCUUGGCCCUACUGGUAUACAUUAACCUUACCAACCGAUCGUCACUUUGAAACAAAUUCAUCUUGCGGACCGGGGCUACGAGGCAAACCGUCUUUGUGAUCCUCAUAAAUAAAGGUUAAGUAUGGCUGCUUUAAGCCAAAUUCUAGGCUUAAAGCAGCCAUGCUCAACCUUUUUUUAAUGAGACGAGCAAAACUUCGUCUAUGAAAAGCUUUGAUAGUUGCUAUCCCCAUUGUAUGUAUGUGUAUUUAUUUUAUAGUUAACGAGUCCAUUGUUGAUAUUCUUGUUGAAUAUGUUGUAACAUAAUGUAUAUGCGUAAUAAUUAACAUUAAUUUAUUUAAGUGUAGUUAAGGGAGGUUUGCACAUGUUAGAAGGAUAAAGGAUGGUAGCUGUUGAAAUUAAUAUUAUAGCGCACUACAAAGCUGUUUCCACACUUUUAUUUAGCGUCUAUAUCCCAACGAUAAAUGAUAUAAGUAUCUUUGAUUAUAAAGUAAAACAAUAGAAUAAAUAAAUAUGUCAUUGUUUAAGGGGCUCCCUGCGGUUUUCAUUGAUAUUUGACAAGUUUUGAGCCGGUGCUCUUACAUUUCCACUACAGAUAGAAUUAUAAGACAAGCGGUUAUCGGUUCUUCAAUCUUUUAUCUCCAUUCUGGUCUGCCGGAUUUUGAAAGAAAUGAAUACAUAUGUUUAAUGUUUUUUUAAACAUUGUCUAAAAACACACCUUUUUCGUAACUCGAUUGCUGUGAAGGAUCUUACAUAUACGAAAUCUACAUAAUAUUUGGGUUGUUCCUUGACGUCUCUAAAAACUGGUCACAGAUUUUAAUUGUAAACUAAUUAACAUAAUAGUUAUGGCCAGAAAACCAGUUUUUUGCCCUAAAACUGUUCAACAUUGAUGCCAAAAAUUUCGAAGAUAAUUAACUUUGAAGUAAAUAUGUGAUACUAUAUUGCUUAAAGCCGUUGCUCUUAAUAUGAUAAACUACAAAAACCUUCACAAAACUAAGGGAUUCAGAUCGAAGAUCAUUGGCGCCAGGGAGCCCCUUAAAAAAACAUAUUUUUUUGGGCCAGUGUUUCUGGGUCGUCUCAAAUGCUGACACAAAAUUGUCAGUUGGCAUUUUUUUGUGUCCUGUUUUCAUAAUUGCAACGAGGAAUCGGAUUUAACAGCCUCGCAUUCACCUGUCUUACUGGAAUUUAUCCAGGGAACGAAUUGGCAGUUGUUUUGAACAUAUAUAGGAAAAAAAAAGCAUUCAAGACCUAAGACAUUACCUAUCAUUCAAUUUGAGUAUUAGAUUUGUAAUAAAUAAUGUGGACACAGCUUUUUACACAGAAGCAAUAUAUCGCACAGGGAUACCGCUGCCGAUUUACUUAAUGUUUAAUCACAAUUGUAUAGAGUUGUAACUUCACAGACUAUUUUGACAUACAAACAUGUUAGGAAUUAUUUAGUCUUAUAAUAACUAGAACAGUAUCGUAUAAGUUAGGCUAAAGUAAUGCUUAUUUCUUGUGCAAUGGGUGGUUGCAAUGAUUUCAAAUAUCAGUUUAGCGUUCUAGAGACGUAUCAGUGAAUUACAAAAAUGUACAUACUUUCAACUGGGGUGAAUAGGGACGACUGGGGUGAAUAGGGACAAAACAUAAAAUCUGAUUUACCUGACAAUGUCUUGCAAAAUAAGUAAGUACCCACACAAAUUGUAUCAUACAAAAGCUACUAUUAUUUCCAAUCAUGAUAUAUAUUUAAAGAAAUUGUCAGGUAAAUUACAUGUUAAGUUUUGUCGCUAUUCACCCCGGCCGUCCCCAUUCACCCCGGCUGACGGUACAUAAUAUUCAGCUACAGUCAAAAUGAAAAAGUAACACGUACCUUUUAUUCUAACAGAUAGCUGCAUCAUAAUAAAUUCAGUGCAAUGUUGUUAUGUCUGGAGGGCGAAUAAAUUGAAGCUAUAUCUAUUUUUUUUAACGUUUGUGUAAUACUUAUAAAAAAAACAGUGUAGAGUCAGACCAAGAUAAGUAAGCAGCGAUUUUGCUAGCCCAGACAGUGCAAGUGUUAUUUUAAACGUCAAACAUCUAUGAAAUUAUGACGUUUGCUUAACUUGGUCUGACUCUGGGUCGGCAGUUGGUAUAAGACUUUCACUUCGCAAGACUAAUAUUAAAUUGUUAUUAGUUGUUGUAUACUAAAAUGCAAUAUCCGGUGCUAUGGAUUUUUUGUUUCAGAAACAUGUCAAGUUCAACUAUACUCUGGAUGUAUAAUAAUUUUCUAUGCUAUAUUUUUCUGUAUAGAUCCAAUCAGAUUUUGAUAUGACUGUUAUCACAUAGGCAAAUCGGCGUUUCAGGACAAAAGCCUUUAGUUACUUAUAUGAGUUAUACUUUUUCUUCCAAUCAAAAUACAAAUAACUAUAGUCUUUCAAGCCAUUUCCGUCAGUAAAAAAAGCGGCAAAUUUUAUUAAAUGAGAGCGCACAGGGUUAUCGCUCCAUAGAAAUUUUGAAACUCGCGCCUUUUUCUAUUGACAAACUUGUUUGACCGGCUAUACUUAAAUUCUCAUAUUCUGGGAAAUUGUUUUGUUUUCAAAUCAAUUACCUACGAAUUUUAUAAUCGAUAUAAUUAUUAUAUCUACUUCCAAUUGUAAAAUAAAAACUAAUGCAUUAUAUCGUCUUUAUAGAAGCGCGAUAAAAUAUAUUAUUGCUUAAAAACCUAUUUAAAAAAGCCGGAUUGAAAAUUGUAUUCGGAUAGAUCUGAACGAAAUGGAAGGUUGUUGGUUAGUACUGUAAUUUCGAAGCAAUAACGCUUCUUUUAAUUUAAUCGUAUUAGUCGCGAAAAUAAACGUAACCCUCGAAUGCAUUGUAGCUGAUUAAGUUGGUAGAAGUAUAAAUAAUAUCUCUUCCUAGAAUUCAGAUGUCAAAUUUUAUUUUCUACGUAAUUAUACUGCCCACAUUUCAUAGCAAACUACUUGCCUUUAGUACUAUUACAUUAGGCACAUUAGCUAGAGACGAGUAGAAAAUAAGAGCCUUCUUACACUGGCGAUUUGCAGGACGUUGAAAGCGAGGCGGGGCGAGUUAGCCGCGGGCGCGCAAUGAUUUCGUCGCGAACACGCUAGUGUGAUAAGGCUCUAAGUCUGCUAAUCUUUUUGAAAAUUACAUUUCGGCGCGAUGACUUUAGUGUCAUCAAUUACCUACAAAAAGCAUGAGAAACACCAGUGCCACAUCGAUUAGUAGAUAUUAUUUAUUUGUCUCUUAAUUAGCCUAGAGUUGCCUUUGUCACUGUCCAGAAUUGUGCAAUGUAUGUAUGUUUAUGUAUUAAUAUAGUUAUAAAUUCACGAAAUCAUUGCGUAAAUUGAAAUAUCAAAACACGUUCAUGGUUUUCAUUUAUGCCAUCAAAGGCGGUCAUUGACGAAAAUAAUGGAGGUUUACAGACGUAGCGAUUUGUGACUUUAGCAUCGAAUAGGCGGGUCCACACAGAGCGAGCAUUGUAGAACCAGUGUAGACCGCCAGGCGGCACGGACAACGCACGCGCCGCCUCGGCCGAGGCAUGUCUACACUGGCCGUUUUGUGCGCGAGGAAAAUGCCUCGCGCGUAUGCUCGCUCUGUGUGGACCCGCCUAAUGGCCGUGGAUGUUGCAAGCUACAGCGUCAACUGCAUCGAGUUUGCUCGCAGCGUUUAUAUUGGCUACCUUUCCGCAGCGGGGGAGAUGAUUGGAGAUGAGAGGAGACGUGUAAGAAUCAACCAAUAGCACGUCUCCCCUCCUCUCCGCCACAGUGCAAUGGCAGCCUUUUGCCUACUACAUAGGCCGUCUUAGGCCAACAAAUUUAACAAGUUCAUGACAAAAUUGUUACAUCUGUAGAUCUCAUAUUAUGUUUUAGGAUCUGAUCAUAAAUGCAUAUUUACGUAAUAGUUCAAAAGUGUUUGCUGAUGUAAUAUCAAAAUUAUAAAAUGGAAAAAAAACUGUAACUUAAAAAUCAGUCAUUACAUUAUGCUCCAUAAAAUAUCAUCUGUUAUUUUUAGUAAAAUUUACUAUUUAUAUUUUACUUUAAAGAUCUAUUAUGAUGUAAAAAAAUAUUGUGAUAAUAAAUCAAACAACGGAAUUGGGAUAUAAAUAAUGUUAAAAUUAUAUUUUUAUGCACACAAUAAUUAUAGUUAAUAUUGUUAACGCACUUUCUAUUGUAACUUAUAACCGUUUGAGAAGUACACGUAGGUACCUACUUUAUUUAAUCCUUGUAAUUAAAGAAAAUGUAUUAUUGUAUUUUUAAGUUGUUUAAAAAGUACAAACGGUACCUAAAGUCAUAACUCCACUAGUUGCCUGGUAUCGGUUUAAAAAUAUGUAAGUCAUGCACGAAUUGUGCAAUAAUAAUACUGUUUUUUUAUGUUAAAAUCUCUAUAGCAAAGAGUUAGUCAUUGUAGAAGAAUUAUAUAGUCUAUGAAAAAUGGAUGCUUUGAACUUGAUAGCUAAAGCAGUUCCGUACGGCUCCGUACAUGCGCUUUAUAUGGUAACUCCAGACACCGAGAAACGAUUCUCCAACUCGGGUUACAGUUUUUUAUUAAACUGUACAACUCGUCUAUAAUCAAUAAUUCUUUGCUUAUAGUAAAAGAGGUCUCCAAAAAUCUGGUUCAUGUCCAUAGUACAUUUGUAGUGCACCAUUGUUUUCCACCGUAUAUUCUCGGAAACGUUCGUAUUUGUCAUGCUACUUCAGUCAACCUCAGUACUUUUUGUACCGAGACUGACUGAAACAGCAAGAUACGUUCGUAAGUUUCCGUGAAAAUACGAUGGAAAAUAAUUAUGCACUACAUCUGUACAUGCAUCCAAACACUGCAUUUAUAAUAUUUUGUGUUUAUAAACUUCUGAACUACCACCUAUGUAAUUUUUUGACAUGUUUGACAAUAAAAUUAUACUAUACUAGUAUUAUUAGGUAGUCUCGGACUAUUUAAAUCUGUAAUAUAUAUAACAGUUCUUGUGAUUGUGUUGUAUUUCAGUAAACCAAAAUGCUGUUA